AUGCAGGAUCUCAAGAACCGCCACAUCCUGCUGGAUACCAAUGUGGCCCCAGCUCUCCAGUCUGCCCGCCAGGAACUGGAUCGCCAGCGUGCUUCCGAUAGCUUGAAGAAGAGCUUGGAGAAGAGACCUGAGAAGGAUGAGCUGGUUGAGCGCAAUAUCCUCCCCGCCUCAUCGGCCGCUCCCGCAUUGCAAGCCCAUGCUCGCGAACUCGAGAAGCACAUGUUGGCCGAUAAUCUCGAGCAUAAGAUCCAGAAUCGGCCACAGCCCGAAGAGCUUAUUUCGCAGGGUAUCUUGUCCGAAGAUGAGGAUCCUCGCUCGGCCUGA